AUGCUUCCUGCCUCCGUGGGGAACCUUUCCACAUCUCUUUUAAAAUUUCACGCAAAAAGUUGUAAAAUCAAAGGGAGAAUUGCUAAUGAAAUUGGGAACUUCAGCAGCUUAUUGUUCCUUGAUAUUUCUGAAAACAAUUUGGUUGGAUCGAUUCCCACAACAAUUGGAAACUUGAGAAACCUUCAGCGCUUCAACUUGAGUAACAACAAACUUACAGGGUUUAUUGGUGAUCAUAUUUGUAAAUUGCAGCAUUUGGGUGAAAUUUACUUGGGUCAAAAUAAACUUUCAGGAUCUCUUCCUAAUUGUUUAGGGAAUAUUACUUCCCUUAGAGAGAUACACCUGGGUUCCAAUAAAGUGAGUUCCAAUAUAUCACCAAACUUAGGGAACCUUCAAGAUCUACUGGUUCUUGACGUAUCGUCAAACAACAUGGUGGGUUCUUUACCUCCGGAAAUUGGAAAUCUAAAGGUUAUAACAAAGAUGGAUCUAUUGAUGAAUCAAUUCACACAUGGAAUUCCUAGAGAAAUUGGAGAAUUGCAAAAUUCGUUGUACCUUUCUUUGAGACACAACAAGUUGCAAGGAUCUAUACCUGACUCAGAGAGCAAUAUGGUAGGUUUGGAAUUCCUAGACCUUUCUCAUAAUAACAUAUCAGGAACCAUUCCCAAGAUUUUGGAGAAACUUCAAAACCUGAAGUAUUUCAAUGUUUCUAUCAACAAAUUUUAUGGUAAAAUACCCUCAGGGGGUACUUUCAAGAACCUGUCGAGUCUGUUUUUCAUUGACAAUGAAGCAUUGUGUGGUUCUUCAAGAUUUAGUGUCCCAUUAUGCCCAACAUCAUCAAAGCACAAAUCAAAUAGGAAAAAAUUGCUAGUUCUAUAUCUUUUUCUAGGACUUGCAAUUUUAUUGUUCCUAUCAUAUUUGUGUUUGUAUGGAUAA